CUUCCCUUUUGUCUUUGUCCUUAUCAGAGUAAUACACCAAUCCAAAUACAAAAGAAAAGAAAGAAACUAAUCUCAUCUCUAUGGACUUUGUCGUCUCAGUCUUGUCUAUAUUCUUCGUUUAUCAUCUCGGCAAACCGUGAUAAGCAACAACUUAGAAAAGAACCGAGUUAGCUAGCUUGCAGCGUAUAUCCUAGAACUAUUUCCAGAGCAAGGGAAUUUACCAUCAGAUGAGAAGUUUAAUAUGAGUAAAUGGGUCUUCCAGAUGAACGAGGCUCUACACCCAAAGUAAGAUUGAAUACUUGUUCAGCUUGAUUCGAAACUUGCUGUAUAUUGAGCAAGUGCACCUGCACCAUAGCUAUUGGGGAAAGAGUCUGGAAAGAUAGGCGAGAUUGUAUUAAGUAAAGAUGGGUUAGCAGAUUGAUAGUAUCCCACACUUUUGGAAUUCAAGGAGCACCACUUGCCGAGCUAUCCACGUGGAGCGAAUAGGAAAUUUGUAGGAUAUUUGUAAUGUACUUGUACAUUUGUAAAUUAUGAUUUAAUUACAAAGUAUGGAAAUCCGGAGGUAGGUGUUACAAAGAGUUUCUCCUUUAUGUGUUCACAUCGCAAUAAAUUAUUUUGGCGUCUAUCUUGUGCUGCAUCUUGUACCAAAAUGGUGAUUUCUGUGAAAUAGACCUAGUAGAUGUUGAUAUAAAUGGCUAUUGCUUUCUACAUUUUGGAUGGUCUUUUAACCAUUGUUUUAUACAUCCAAAAAUUGCUCUUUAAAAUUUAAACUUCUUUAAAUGUAUCCUAAAUUUCUGAACUUCUCCGAACCACUUAUUAAAAUCUGUUUAACUUAAUCUUGUCUUCUUUUUUUUCCUGCAUAUUAGAGGGCCUUUUGUUCUUCAUUGAACUGACAUUUGGUUUGGAUUUACUUGUCUUUUGGAAAAAUGUCCUUGCCAUUUUUAUGAAGCUUUUUAGUUUUUACUCAAUACUAGUUGAUAGUUGUUUUUAUGUUUCCCCAAUCGUAUACAAGAACGAGCUGCAAGAUCACUAUUCCACAAGACAUACAAUCAUCAAUUCAAGUAUGAGCAGUGUUGGUUGUUGUUGAGGAGCUGCUCCAAAUGGCAACAAUAUAGUGCUGAGAGCAAAGCUGGUAUUGAAGUUAGUCUUGACAAACGAGGACCGUUUGUUGACACAAUGUCAGAUUGGAAUGUUGAUGGGUCACAUGGGGAUGAUCUGGAAGGGAAGUGACUGAGACAGGGCUGCCCGAGCAUAACUUUCACCCAACAUUCCCCGAGACACCUAUCACGGAUGAAUCACUAUUUCAAGCAUCGAAUGGUAAUGAGAGAAACGAUGAGGAUCAAAGACCAAUUGGUACUAAGGCUGCCAAAGCAGCGAAACAACGUAAGAAGUCUGGGAAAGGAGAGGCCUCAGGUCAAGUUAGCGAGAGUAUAAACGCUGGAUUCCAUGAGAUGAUUGAAACAAGCCGUUCAAAUUGGGAGUUAUUGGUGAAGAACCGCGAAGAUACACGAAGGGAAAAAUAGAAUUUGACCGGCAACGCCAUGAGGAUGAUAAAAAGGCGUAUGAGGAGGAGAGACAACUCACCAUGAAGGUCAAAAAAUCAAAGAUCAUGAGGAACAUGGCGGGGAUUAUAAAGGAUUUGAUAUCCGCAAGAAGGGAACUUAGGCAUGUACAAUCAGAGAUUGAGUAUAGGCAGCUGAAUGCUUUGGUUGUUGCCCUAGAGGUUGAGCUAGAAUCGAAUAUGGAAGAUAUGAAAAAGGAUAAGAACGUGGAAGUCGUAAGUCCUCCAAUUCAUACCACUGAACACGGAACGCAACCCUCCAACUCAGAUUGGCAUCAACGCUGGAUGUCGGACGACCAUUGGCUCAAGAGGGAGAGGGAGAGGGAGAGGGAGACACAUGCUUCUGACGAUGACACUAGCCAGAUAUAACCUGGAAACCGAGUUCACGUGUUAUUAUUUUGGCUACUAUCUACUUUAGCAUUUAAUUGAGAUGAUUGGAUGUUUUCUCCUUUGUAUUUCAAAGACUCAUAUAUGUUUAUUGUGAAUUUUAUUUAUUUGGAAUGUGAUUCACGUUGGAUAUUAUUCAUUUGGAAUAUUUCUGUAUUUGAUAUGAUUGUUCUAUAUUGAGUAGAUGUUUUGUUGUGUUGGGAAAGAGCAUUAUUGAUGUAGGGAA